UGAGAUUAUACACCACGUCAGAUGUCAAAUUUCAGUCAAACGAAAUAUUUCGUGACUCAUGCAAGUUGAAGCUUAUAAGACCUAUUUCUAUAAAUAGUAUACUCUCUCGAGGGUCUAAUCGUACUAUAAAACAACACGUAGCCGAAAGUGAUAGCGAUUAUUAAAAACUUUCGUUGUUAGCCAGUUUUUGAGAAGAUUAAAAUGAGUUUACAGUGGACCCUCAUAGCCGGUUUCUUGUAUUUCGAGAUCGCCGCGGUGCUUCUUUUAGUGUUGCCGAUUGCCAGUCCAAGGAAAUGGAACAGUUUAUUCAAAUCGAAAUUUCUGCAGGGGUUGCAACGACAAGCGAGCAUUUAUUUUAUGAUUUUGCUAGCGAUUCUAUUCUUGUUCCUUUUGGACGCUAUUAGGGAGAUGAGAAAGUAUUCUCAUGGGAGUGAACACGAACAUAAACAAUUAGAAGCUGAGAUGCAAGAGAAUAUGCGCUUAUUCCGCGCGCAAAGAAACUUUUACAUUUCCGGUUUUGCUUUAUUCCUAUCUUUGGUGAUUAGAAGAUUGGUUACUUUGAUUUCUUCUCAAGCGGGACUUUUGGCACAGUCUGAAGCUGCUAUGCGACAGGCGCAAAGUGCUUCAACUGCUGCUAGAACAUUGUUAGAGCGAAAAGGGGAACAGGCUCAAAACGAAAGUAACGAAUCUGCUAGCAAAGAUAAAGAGAUUGCAGAAUUAAGAGAGACUAUCACAGAAUUAGAAACCAAGCUUGUUUUUGAACGAAAAGACAAGAAAGCGAUGAAGGAACAAUCUGAAAAUCUUCAUAAAGAGUAUGAUAGAUUGGCUGAAGAACAUAGUAAGUUACAUAAGACUAUUUUGUCAUCUGGGGACAAAAAAGAUGAUUAAAUGGUAGUCUUGAAAAAAUAUUUGUAAUAAUAAUAAACAUUGUUGCACUUGAGCUGUUGGUAUUGAUAGUUGUUACAUAACCUUUAUUUGGAAUAUAAUAUAUUUAUCAAUCAUACAAUAUUUAAUGUCGCUCCAUUUUUGUUGAGGUUUAUGUUUUUUUAUAUUUAAUCGUAUUAUAAGAGAAUUAAUAGGGGCUUUAGAGCUAAUUUUUAUUUGAACCUUUUUUACACCAUUGGUGAAACUGUUUUUGUUUCUAAUAAAAUUUUCAAACUAA